GUGGGCGCGGAGCUGGGAAACCCGGGAGCCGGCGUCCGGGGAACUCCGGGGCCUGGCCAGCUGACUGGAGGACAGUGCCCCGGCGCCAGAAGGGACGUGGACACCUGAGCCAGCCGGGACUAGAUGAGAAACGGAGGCAGACCCCAGAUGCUCCGCCUGUGCUCUGGGUGCCUUAGCAGGAGUUGCUGGGGAACUGGGCAUUCAACUGAGGGAGGAAGCCUGCGUGGGGCUUGUCCAAACACACAGCGCUCAACACGCCAACCUUCGUCGGUUUUUGGUCAAAGAGUUCGAGAGCAUGUGUCGCAGGAUUUCCCAUUUCUCCACCCUAGUGAGACCAGCGUCCUCAAUCGACUCUGCCGGCUUGGCACAGACUAUAUCCGCUUCACCGAGUUCAUUGAACAGUAUACAAGCCAUGUGCAGCAACAGGACCACCACCCAUCUCAGCAGGGCCAAGGUGGGUUACAUGGAAUCUACCUAAGGGCCUUCUGCACAGGGCUAGAUUCAGUUUUACAGCCUUAUCGCCAAGCACUGCUUGAUUUGGAACAAGAGUUUCUGGCUGACCCCCAUCUCUCCAUAUCACAUGUCAAUUACUCGUUAGAUCAGUUCCAGCUCCUUUUUCCCUCUGUGAUGGUUGUAGUAGAGCAAAUUAAAAGUCAAAAGAUUCAUGGAUGUCAGAUCCUGGAGACAGUCUACAAACACAGCUGUGGGGGUCUGCCUCCUGUUCGAAGUGCCCUAGAAAAAGUCCUGGCAGUGUGUCAUGGGGUCAUGUAUAAGCAGCUCUCAGCCUGGAUGCUUCAUGGACUUCUCUUGGACCAGUAUGAAGAGUUCUUUAUCAAACAGGGUCCAUCUUCUGGCAAUACCAGUGCCCAGCCAGAAGAGGAUGAGGAGGACCUGGGCAUUGGGGGACUGACAGGAAAGCAACUGCGAGAACUCCAGGACUUGCGCCUGAUUGAGGAAGAGAACAUGCUGGCACCAUCUCUCAAGCAGUUUUCCCUACGCGUGGAGAUUUUGCCAUCUUACAUUCCAGUGAGGGUUGCUGAAAAAAUCCUCUUCGUUGGAGAGUCUGUGCAGAUGUUUGAAAACCAGAAUGUGACUCUGACGAGAAAAGGGUCCAUUUUGAAGAACCAGGAGGACACUUUUGCUGCAGAGCUGCAUCGGCUAAAACAGCAGCCUCUUUUCAGCUUAGUGGAUUUUGAGCAGGUGGUUGAUGGUAUUCGAAGCACUGUGGCUGAGCAUCUCUGGAAGCUGAUGGUAGAAGAGUCAGAUUUACUGGGUCAGCUAAAGAUCAUUAAAGACUUUUACCUUCUGGGACGAGGAGAACUGUUUCAGGCCUUCAUUGACACCGCUCAGCACAUGUUAAAAACGCCGCCUACUGCAGUGACCGAGCAUGAUGUGAACGUGGCGUUUCAGCAGUCAGCUCACAAGGUAUUGCUGGAUGAUGACAACCUUCUCCCUCUGUUGCACUUGACCAUCGAGUUUCAUGGGAAGGAGCACAAAGAUGGCAUUCAGGCAAGAGAAGGGCCUUCUAGGGAAACUUCCCCCCGGGAAGCCCCUGCAUCCGGCUGGGCAGCCCUGGGCCUUUCCUACAAAGUACAGUGGCCUCUGCACAUUCUCUUUACCCCAGCUGUCCUGGAGAAGUACAAUGUUGUUUUCAAGUACUUGCUGAGUGUGCGCCGGGUCCAGGCUGAACUGCAGCACUGCUGGGCCCUGCAGAUGCAGCGCAAGCACCUCAAGUCUAAUCAGACUGACGCAGUCAAGUGGCGCCUUCGAAAUCACAUGGCAUUCUUGGUGGAUAAUCUCCAGUACUAUCUCCAGGUAGAUGUGCUGGAGUCUCAGUUCUCACAGCUGCUUCAUCAGAUCAAUUCUACCCGCGACUUUGAAAGCAUCCGACUGGCUCACGACCACUUCCUAAGCAACUUGCUGGCCCAGUCCUUUAUCUUGCUGAAGCCUGUGUUUCAUUGCCUGAAUGAAAUCCUAGAUCUCUGUCACAGUUUUUGUUCGCUGGUCAGUCAGAACCUGGGCCCACUGGAUGAGCGUGGAGCGGCCCAGCUGAGCAUUCUCGUGAAGGGCUUUAGCCGCCAGUCUUCACUCCUGUUCAAGAUUCUCUCCAGUGUUCGGAAUCAUCAGAUCAACUCAGAUUUGGCCCAGCUCCUGUUACGACUAGAUUAUAAUAAAUACUAUACCCAGGCCGGUGGGACACUGGGCAGUUUUGGGAUGUGAAAAUUUCUGCUUCCAUAACCUCAUAGACAGUCAAUUCUACCAGUUCCCAAGUUUAUAACAGAAGAUUCAAAACACUUAGCCACUCACCAAACGUCUGCAGCCUGAUGAGAAGGCUCUGCCCUUUCUCCUGGAAGCAACCCAAAGGUAUAAACCCUUGCGGUCACUCCCAUGUGGAAGGUGACUGCCCUACCCAGGGGAGAUUCUUAACUUGCCAGCCAAGGAGGACCUGUGGUGUCCACUGUCUCUGACCAUGCAAGAACUUGCUUCUUCACCCUGAAACAUCUGCUGGACAUACUCAUUUAUAGCAGUAGUUUUAUUAAACAUUUACCCUAUGCCCUGGUAGUAUUCAAGACGGGGAGAUACAGCAGUCAACAGAAGGUUAAAUAUUUUGUGGAUGAUAUGUGAAAAAUUAUAAACAGUUAACUGCUGGGUGUCACCACCAAGUAAAAAUUUCCUCCUUCAGAAAUGGAUGAUUAAAAGUCUCCUACCCUUAAGGAUCUUCAAAACUGUGACCCUGAAGAAUUUGGUCAGUAAGUCCCAGUUCUUUCACACAAGUAAAAGGGCAUCUUUAGCUAUUGAGAAUAUAAAGCAUUUCCCCCAAAGAAAAAAAUCAUUAAUGUUCUUAUCAGUGUAGACAAAAUAAACAUUCACUGAACCCCCUCCAAACUGGAGAAAAAAAUGAAAGUUCUGGCCUCAGUUUGUAGUCACUGAACCUGGUCUUCAUCUUCUAGCACACACUGUGAAACCCUUAGUCCCUCCCUACAACUGUCAACUGAAGACAAGCCCUUCCGCUGCUGCCACUGGAGCAGGGCUUGGCAGACCACUGCCUGCUGUGUGUUUUCUGUACACAGAGUUUUACUGAAACACAGCCACACUGUGUCUACCCAGAACUGUCUGUGGUUGCAGUCAGACCAGCUGACCCAGGAAACCUAAAGUAUGUACUGUUUGGCUCUUUAUAGAAAACAUUUGUUGACCUCUAGAGAAGGACAGGAUAUUAAGAGGGACGAUGCUCGGGGCAGGCAAGGAAGAGCUCUGGCAGUUGACAGUAGCAGCAAUAGUGGAUCUCUGACUGGAGCUUUCAGCGUUCCUUUAACCCAGCAAAGUCACUGUCCACUGAUAGCAGCUGGUCCCUUUCCCUUUCACCUGAGCGUGGGAGAACCCACGGGUCAGCUGUCCAGAGUGAACUCAGCUCUAAAGAGAAGUGACAUCUUUUUAAAAGGAAACUGACAGCUGUUCCACUCAACUUUUGGAGUAACAGUCUGGUCCCUCGCCUACUUUGAAAUCCAGUUUUUGGAACAACAGCAUUUUAGAGAGCCUGGAUAACUUUUUACCAAUGAUGCCAAAGCGUGAAGUUCACUGCCAAGUUUUUAUUUUCCUUGGUAA